UGUGUAUCUGUCGAAUUUAUAGCACUUUAACAUGAAGUCUGCAUCAACUAAAACUAUCCUUUUUUUGUCUUGGAAUAUUUAAUGAACAUGUUCAACACAAAUUUUGGCUUAUUUUUGUGCCGGAAACUUUGUCAUUGCAAUUUUAUAGUGAUGUUUCUGCACAACCAUGUUGUCAAAUCAAAUAUACACAAUCUACUUUAAUAUAAAAAAUGGCUACUUGGGUUGAGGACGAAAUUGGCCGAAAAUGGGAUCGGUGUUUUACAGAUGCUAUAUUUAAAUUUGGUGGAGGAAUUCUACUUGGAGGAGUAUUCUCCCUAUUUUUUUUCAAACGAAGAAAGUGGCCUGUAAUAACUGGGGCAAGUUUUGGAUUAGGUAUGGCAUACUCUAAUUGUCAAGAGGAUUUAAAUUCCACAAUAAGACAACAAAAAUCCAGGAAUUGUAGUAAACUAGAUGAAGCGAAACAAAGUUCUUAGCAAACUUCUUUUAGAAAAAAUUAUUAUGCUGUUA